UUUUAAACAAGCCCCUUGUCAGAACAACUGAGCAUGGAAAUGUAGCAUGAGAAGAGAUAUGUGGAACCUAUAAAACAAAAUACGUCUGAGGAUAUGGUGUGAUUUUUGAACCUGUCUCGUUUUAAGGAUGACCGCAAAUAUGGAAAAGCUGCAUUCAAAGGCGAUCAAGUCUCUCGUCGUUCUCUUCACCCUCAGCGUCCAGGUCAGUGCGUUUUCCUUAACAAACUGCACCGUCUCUGGAGCUCUAAACGACACUCGGGUGUUGAAAGUUCUUUGCUACAACAUGGGUUUCUUUACGGUUCCUUCACCGAUACCCAGCAAGGUCAGACAUCUAGACAUCUCCUUCAACUCUAUUUCCAAUAUCAGACUCAGAGAUUUCGAAGACCUUUGGAACUUGAGGUCUCUAAACCUAUCUGACAGUCAUGUCUCAUGGAUAGAAAAUGGUACUGCAGAGCAUUUUCCCAACUUGACCUAUCUCAACCUGGCCAACAACAAGUUGAAAAGUGUCUCGAGAGGUCUACUGCGUGGACUCGGAAACCUGCAAGUGCUGCGUCUUGACAGAAAUAUGAUCGAGAGCAUCGACACGUAUGCUUUUAACACUCUGCAGAACAUGCAGAUGCUGAACCUUACGGGAAAUAACCUCAGAAAGAUCACCAGCGUCAGACCCGUGCUCUCAUCGCCGGGGUUGGAGGAGUUGUACAUCGCAAGCAACAACUUCGAAGUUUUCAACUCAUGGGACCUUUCGAGGACGCCUUUGUCACUAAAAACAUUAAUUUUUACUAACAAUCCCUUGACCAAGUUCCAAAUGACGGAUAAUAUAUUCCCAAACCUGGACUACCUUGAUCUAUCAUACUGUGGUCAAAGCAGGACCAUGUUAUGGAAUUUGACAGAUAAGACUUUUCUGAGUUCAGUAAAAACUCUGAAUUUGACUGGCGUGCGCAUUCCAGAAGAGAACAUUGCUGCCGUGCUUCACAACAUCUCCUGGACUUCGUUGUUUAAACUCAAAUUAAACGGACUGAAACAGGUGAAGGUAGAGACUCUUCUAGCUUAUGCUUGCUUGCCUGGACUUAACGUGCUACGCAUGCAACGCAACAGGAUUUCAAACCUGACAGCUCAAAUGCUCGAACCCUGCUCCAACUUGACCGAGCUAGAUUUCGGAUCAAAUGAAAUCUCACGGAUUUCUGCAUCCAUAUUCGAGGCAGUAACGCAGCUCCGGGUACUCCGUCUACAUAUUAAUAAACUGACUCAGGUCAACAACUUGUUUCGAAAUCUUCCGAUGCUUGAAUUUAUAGACCUCAGUAGAAACCAGAUUAGCAUGUUAACCUGUUCAGACUUCGCCAAUUUAACAAGACUGCAUUCGCUCUAUUUGUUCAGCAACAGAAUUUCUAAACUUCCUUCUUGCGUGUUCAAAGAUUUGAACAAUCUUGAAAUUUUGAGGCUGGGGACAAAUAAAUUAUUGACAAUUGGUGCCGCUUUUAAAAACGACCUGCCGUUUUUAAAGGUUUUGGAAUUGGAAUUUAAUAAGUUAAGCAUGAUUUACAAGGAGACCUUCAGGGGUUUGUCUGGUCUUCAGGACCUCCACCUUGGAGACAAUCAGAUUUCUAAGAUUGAAGCAGAAGCAUUUUUCGGACUGCGAAAUUUAACUAGCUUAUUACUUUUCUCAAACAGGAUAACGGAAAAAACGAUACAAGACCAGAUGGUGUUCUCACACAUGCCUAACCUGAUAUCACUAGAACUACAUUGUAACGUAAUUUAUUACACCAGCGACACGUUGAAGACUCCGCCUUUUGAACAUUUAAGCUCGCUGGAAAUUUUGACCAUUCAUAGUCAAAGACGCGGUUUAGGUAAAAUCCCCUCAAACCUGCUACAAGGUUUAACCUCCUUGAAAAUGUUCUACGGUGGAAACAUGAACCUAAAUCAUCUCCAUCCUGAUACCUUUAAAUCCACACCUAAGCUUUGGUUUUUGGACCUGUCGAAGAACGCUUUUGCCGACGAUGAUUCCAUAACCCCAGAAGUUUUCCACCCGGUCCCAAAGCUGACUAAGCUUAUCAUCUCAAGAGCUCAGGUUCACUCUCUGAAUUUCUUGCUUAAUUCAAAUCUCUUAAGGUUGUCCACAUUGAGGGCUUCUGGGAACAUGUUAGACGUCAUCAACCUAUCCCUGAUCCUGUCCUUCCUUCAUCUGAGAUACCUGGACUUGCAGAAAAACACGUUCACUUGUGAUUGUAACAAUGCUUAUUUCAUCAAAUGGGCUUUGAAUAGUAAUUCCACCCAAGUUAUUUACAUGAACGAUUAUACCUGUAGCUACCCACUGUCUCAGAAAGGCAAGAGUAUUUUAGACCUCAAUACAGACUCGUGUAAUGUGAAUAUUUUCUUUUUGUCGUUCGUGUGCAGCUCGGUCGUCGUUACGCUCACCAUUUUGAUCUCGUUCGUCUAUCAGUUCUUGCACUGGCAGGUUUUAUACGCAUAUCACCUAUUCGUCGCCUUCCUGUAUGACAGCAAGCAGAAACGGAUGCACCAGCAACAAGGGUACAAAUACGACGCCUUUAUUUCCUACAACGCCCGAGACGAAGCUUGGGUCAUCGAUGAGCUGCUCCCUCAUUUGGAAGGUGAGCAAGGCUGGAGGCUCUGUCUGCAUCAUAGAGACUUUGAGCCAGGACGUCCCAUCAUAGACAACAUCAUGGACGGGAUUUACAGCAGCCGCAAGACCGUGUGCUUAAUCACGUACGAUUACCUGAUGAGCACGUGGUGCUCCAAAGAGAUCCAGAUGGCUACCUUCAGACUCUUCGACGAGCAGAAAGACGUACUAAUCCUCAUCUUCCUGGAGGACAUUCCAUCCAACCAUCUGUCUCCUUACUAUCGGAUGAGAAAGCUGGUGAAAAAGAAGACUUAUCUCAAAUGGCCUAAACAUGGAGAAGACACCAGGGUCUUCUGGCAGAAACUGAGAAUGGCUUUAGCGACCAAAGAAGGUCCAGAAGAGGAGAAAGCUCUUCUCAGUGGACAAGAGGAAAGCAAUUAUUGAAGAAACCUCCUGUAAAUUAUCUGCAGAGUGCUGAGGAGAUACAGGAAACACCUCAGCUGAUUCACUUCCUCAAAAUAUGCUGACCAUUGAACACAAAGUGAGAGCAGCACAUUCUGACGUAGGCGUCGUUAUUUAGAGCAGUGCUGAACGUGACGUUUUUACGGUUUCGGUCUCCACAUUGUUCCCCUUUGAGCCCCCCAGCAGGAGUCCCAUCCUCGACGGAGGAGGCUGUAAUCACCUCAUGCUCUGCAAAGCUGAUGACCAUACAGGAAACAAACGUUCUCUUCAUCAUUGUUUACAUCUUACAAAAAGGUCCACAGUUGAUUAAAAAAUGGUAGAAAGUCUACAUGAGCACCAGGUCCCUCGAAUCAAAUCCAAAACUAUUAGUGCAGAAUAAAAAAACAACAGAUAAACAGAUAAACAGUAAUUGUUGGACAUUUGGAUCAAGCAUCCAAAAAAGAGCGACUAAUAAUGCUAACUAAUAAAGUUACCAUGGCAACUAAA